AUGGCCGAAGUGCGUGGGGCCUUGAAAGCGGGCCCGUUGUCGCUGGAUGAGUUCUGCAGCUGGCCAGUCACGGUUAUUAGAAGCCUGAUUGGUGCAGGUGACGGCGAUGAUGGAGAGCGGCUCCAUAGAUUGCGAUUUCUGCUUCAGCGAGGCCUUUGGAUUGACUCCGACUAUUCUGGAGUUGCGGGGGAGUACGAGGUGAUGCACCAGAUGCUUCAAGCACUGAAGCAUAUUGCCCUAGAAGCUGCCGGACUAGGAGGCGAAUCUGCUGUGUCAUGUUUCAACAAUGUGAAGGUAGUACACGGGCGGUUUUGCGACAAAGGCAAGCAGCAGCAAGACAUCCUCAAAUACAUCAGCAGCUUGCACAACAACUCCGUGUGCCUUUUUGGUGACCUCAACGACCGCUUGCCAACUGCAGCUAGGCAGCUGUUGGAUUCCAUGAUCCCGGAAACGAAGGUGACGCCCGCAGAAGCAAAGCAAGCUUAUUCGAACAUGUCUCAGUGGUUGAUGGAGAACCGUGCCUGGGUGUUUGCCCCGGCAGGCACCAGCCCAUGCUUGAUUCAUGGCACAGACUGCCCUUUGGUGAAAUCAGUAGAGCCAGCUUCAACAUCCCCGGCAACCCCUCCACCGAAGCGGCGAAGGUUGUCGUUUUCAGAGUCUGAUACCUCGAAGAUGGAUGUUGCUGGUGAAGAGGAGUCUGUACCACUGGCACCGGCAUCUAGUUUCUUGCGGGUGAACUUAGCAGGCACGACAUGUACAGGCUGGAGUUCUGCGGGCAAGGGUUUGCAUUUUGCAGAUCCUUCUGAACGGCCUCAUGCGAUAUGGCUUGCUGAGCGUGUAGCCCGUGCUGAACAAGGGGUGGAAGACAUGGUGAUCAGCGAGUGCACCCCUCGCUACCCGGUGAAGGAGAAGCUUGCUGACUUGGAAAAGACCCACGAGAUCAUUUACCUGCACAUUUCCCCAAUGCAGCUUGGGUGGCCUGUCAGGCGGUCCCGUGUCUUUACCUGCAGCUUGAAUCGAGAGAGCAUGGCCUGGGUUGGGCCUGAUCAAUCUGCUGUUGCUGAUCAUUUUCUGCAGUUGUUUGGCAGAGAGAUACAAGCAACUGCUGAUGUUUUCCUUGCCGCGACUGAUGCAGAAGUCUUUGAUUUCUUGCGUGAGCGGGCAAGCAAGCGAGGCGUGCAGUUGCCAGAAGACAUGUCUUGGCAGGACGUGUCCAUGCAACACGUCUACGCUCCAGGACAGCUUGUGAGAUUGGAGAAUUACGAGAAGGCCAGGCAAGAAGUUUUGUCUGAGAAGCAUUCAGAUGGUGCAGAUGAUGCUGCCGUCGCUGGUGAUUCAGGUCCUUCACGUGAUUGCGGUGCAUGGUAUGCAGAUCUAGAACAAAACCCAGGUCACGGCGCAAGUACCCCAGGACCCAUUUUGCCGAGUGCCUUGACGCAUGGAACCCUGCACAGUUGGUCGGCAAACCGACCAAUGCUGCCGAUGGAGCAGUAUGUUGCGCACGGCUGGAAUGUCUUUGCAGAUAGAACUUCUUGGAAGCAUGGUUGUGAAAUUUUGCCUGCCUUGCAGAAACGUUCUAUGUGUCAGCAGAAGAAGAUGCUAGGAAACGGCUGGCAUCUGCCAGUGAUUGCGAGCUGGUGGUUCUAUUGCAUGUGUCACUCAGUCAAGCUUGAUCGUGCUGCCAGCAUACAGCCCGAGAGGACUUUGUUGAGAAGCGGAGGGUCUAGCUUCUCCCUUGGGCAGGACAGUCAGCAGAGUCUCAGCAGUUUCGGUGAUUGUGGUGCUGCCACCGAUUCCGACAUGUCACGGCAACAGUUUCAGUCUGUGGCUUCCGACAGCCACGAGGAGAACCCAGGUGCCUCCCCGCGUCGCUUCGUUAGGUUCUUGCAGUAG